UUGCUACCCACACGGGCUUGAGAUGCUGGUAAACAACCCACACUCGAUCGAGUCGGCGUGGACGCAGCCGGUGUCCGGCCUGGCGGCGCCGGCGGCCCCGGCGGCCGGGCCGCGGCCACAGCUGGUGCGCAUCUCGGACCUGCGCGCGCUGCUGGACGGCGCGCCGCUGGGCCGGUUCGACAUGCGGCCCGACACGGAGGCCGUGUUUGACGCGCUGUGCGACCGCGAGCGCGGCCGGCCGGAGAAGGUGCUCAUGAAGGAGUGGACGCCCCGGCCGGCCGGCGGCCAGCUGCACAUCGACGGAUGGUGCUGGACCCGAGGUGUGAGGUCAUUCGUCUCCAGUGCGCCCAUUUGUCAUUGGUUCUCGGAGCGUGAGGUCAAGGCCACUGACGGCCAGGUGUACGUACUGGAGGGCAGGCUAAGCGUGGCGCUGGCGGAGAAAUACGCUCUGCCCGUGUUGGCUCGUCUCACCUUCGCCACCGGCUUCCCCAGUCAGUGGCAGCUGCUGGCCAAAGAGCUGCACCUCCUAACAGUCGGGCAGGAGGCGGUGCGGCGACAGCCUGACCUCGUCUCGCAGCACAACUCCGACAGCCCCGGCCGCACCGCUGGGAAGCCGCCGCAGCAGCCGGACUCCGACUCGGGGUCGGGCUCGGAGCUCCCUCAGCCGCAGUCCGCGCCCGGCUCAAAGACCGCUCAGCCGCAGCCAAAGGCCGGUUCGAAGGCCGCCAGGUCGCAGCUGGAGCCUAGUUCGAAGGCCGCUCCAGCCAAGAGGCAGACGAGGAAGCGGGCAGCGCCGGGGAGCAGCCAGCCAGUGCCGACCGCAGCAGGCGGCGCGGCGCAGCCGGAACCUCCCGGGACUCCUCCGUUACCGGAGGAGCCGUCAGCGGCGCCGGCCAACGCCCGCGGAAGAGCGGCGUCGCGCGGCCGGUGGACAGCGCAGCCGGCGCCCUCGUCGCCGCCGGAGUCAUCGACGAAGUCAUCGACGAAGUCAUCGAGCCCGGCCGCCAGUGAGCGCAGUUCGCUGGACGACACGAUGGCGCCGCUGACACGGGCCAUGUCGGAGACCAUGUACGACCGGCUGAAGAAGGACACGCGCCGCCGCAGCCCCCGCGUCUUUCUCCACCGGCUGGCAGAGGAGCCGCGGCAGGCGCCGCCGGCGCGGGCCGCCGCCGGGCGCCGCGGUCGUACUCCCGCGGCGGGGACGGCGGCGGCUGAACACGGCCCGACGGGGCGGGCUGCUGCCGGGCGCCGCGGCCAGGAGGCGGCUGAGGCUGGCCAGCUCCCCGCCGGCCAGUCCUGUGAAGCCGGCGGAAUGGGAUUCCGACCUCGCGUCGAUCACGCCGAUCCCGAGCGCGUACCAAAAGCCGACCGCUCGCCGCCGCCGUCAGCCGGCCGAGGACGAUCCAGCAAUUCGGAAACACCCUCCGGCUAG